AUGGCGUGGCCAUGGCUGUCCUGCAUCCUGCUUCCGGCCCUCGUGAUGUCUGUGACAGCCAACAUGCCCCCGACUUUUCCGAAGAACUUUACAACAGUGACCCUGCCUGAGGACCUGGAACUGGAUGCUGUAGCUUUCUGGAUAAUUGCUGAGGACCCAGAUGGGGACACGCUGAGCUAUGGGAUCGACGGCCCUGAAGCCUAUUUCUUCAAAGUCAAUUCGGCAAGUGGGGAAGUGAGGCUGGCCAGCUCUCUGGACUACGAGACGCGGCCCAUUUUCACCAUCAUCGUCUUUGUGAGCGACCCUCACCUGCAGGUGCAGAGAAACCUGCUAGUGAUUGUGGAGGACAGAAAUGACAAUGUGCCUGUGUUCCAGAACAUCAGCUUGUCUGUCAGCAUCAACGAGACCCUGCCAGUCGGCUCUGUGGUGACCACUGUGCUGGCCACAGAUAAAGACACAGGACCUGGGGGCUUGGUGUCAUACUUCAUAGAAAAGGUCAUACCUUACAACCCCUUCUGGAUCCUGCCCAAUGGCUCCAUUAUUCUCAACGACAGCCUCAGCUACAACAACAAGAGUGCCUUCUAUCAACUGGAGCUGAAGGCCUGUGACGCAGGUGACAACAACGGCAGUAACAUCCUGUGCUCCCCUUCUGUCGUCUUGUCCAUCUCUGUGAUUGACCAGGCUGACCUGGACCCCCAGUUCGUCAGGGACUACUACAUGGCGUCUGUGUCUGAGGACGCACCCAAUGGAACCUCGGUACUGAAGGUGGAGGCUGUGGACAGAGACAAAGGCAUCAACGAUCCUGUGAUCUACAGGAUCUCCAACUCCACAAGGCCUGGCUGGUUUGACAUCGAGAACGACGGAGUCAUCAAGGUCAAUGGUUCCCUAGACCGUGAGCAGCUGCUGAACGAGGAUGAGGAGGUGCAGGUGCAGGUCACGGCCACUGAGAAGUCCCUCAACAUCUAUGGGCAGGAGGCUCAGGUGAGCAUAUGGGUCACGCUGAGAGUAACAGACGUCAAUGACCACAAACCCGAGUUUUACAACUGCACCUUCUCGGCCUGCACCUUCACACCACAAGAGGCCCAAGUCAACUUCACCGGCUUCGUGUAUGAGCACUCCUCGGCCCGCAUCCCCAUUGACAACCUCACGCUGGUGGCCUACGACCCAGACAAGGGCAGCAACGGCACCUACUCGCUCUCCCUGGUGGACCCGGACUCUGCUGCCUUCAGCGUCUCCCCCGAGCGUGCUGCGGGCUCCACUGAAGUGCAGAUCCUGGUGAAGACACCAGACCUGGUGGAUUAUGAGAAACAGAAGAUGAUGGUGGUGAAGGUGGUGGCCACUGACUCAGACAACCAGACCUCCACUGCCACUGUGACCAUUCAUGUCAUAGACAUCAAUGACCACCGGCCCACAUUCCCACAGAAACUGUAUGUCAUCUCGGUGCCAGAACACAGUGACAAUGGCUCUGUGGUCACCAGUGACAUCCAUGCCACUGACCCUGAUACGGGUGAGGGCGGCCACAUCACCUACAGCCUCCUGCCAGGGAAUGGGGCGGACCUCUUUGAGGUAGACCCAAACAAUGGGACAGUGACAGUGAAAAACAGUGAGCUCUUGGACCGCGAGAAGCAGGCCGUGUACUACCUCACGCUGCAGGCCACGGACGGUGGGAACCUGUCGGACUCAACCACCUUAGAGAUCAUCCUUACGGACAUCAACGACAAUAAGCCCGUAGUCAGCGGCUCCUACAACAUCUUUGUUGAGGAGGAGCAAGAAGAUGUUAGGGUUACCAUCCAGGCCCAUGAUGAGGAUGAGCCCAACACCAACAACAGCCUCCUGAACUUCACCCUGGCGCCAAGCCCCUACAGCCACAACUUCUCACUGGACCCCAGCACGGGGCUCCUUACAAACCUGGGGUCCCUGGACCGAGAGGCCAUUGACCCUGCGCUUGGGGGCCGAAUUGUGUUGACUGUGUAUGUGACUGACUGUGCUGAGCCUUUUCACAGCACUGAGGUCAAUGUCACCAUCAAUGUAGAGGACAUCAAUGAUAACCUGCCAGUCUUCAACGAGUCCAGUUACUACUUCUCCGUGAAGGAGCAGGAGCCGGGAGCACUGGUGGGUGUGGUGGUGGCCAAGGAUGAGGACCAGACAGAAGCCAACAACCGCAUCAGUUUCACUCUGUCAGGAAAUGGCAUCAACAACUUCGUUCUCCGAGGGUCACUGCUAGGGGCUGGGCAGGCCAUUGGCCGCCUUCAGGUACCCGUGGAUGUGAGACUGGACUUUGAGACACAGCCCUUCUUCAAUCUGACAGUCACUGCCACAGACCCAGAUGCCCAGGAAGAGACCACAGUAGCCGUGUAUGUGGAGGUGAAGGACGUGAACGAUGAGCCACCCACCUUGGAAGCAGCCUCCCUUCAGGGUAUCCGCGUGGCCGAGAACGGCUCAAAGCAUGGCCUGGUGGCGAAGGUGGUUGCCUUGGAUGUGGACACUCUGGCCCAGUUGGAGGUCGAGCUCAUGAACGUCCUCUGCAGCAAGGCAGGGGUCAAUGUGGGCAGCCUGUGUCAUGACUGGUUCUCUGUGGCAGCCAAUGGCUCUGUGUUCAUCAAUCAGAGUGAGGCCAUCGACUAUGAGGCCUGCGACCUGGUCACUUUAGUUGUGCGAGCCCAUGACCUCAUGACGGAACCCGGCUUCCAGGCCUACAGUGACAAUGGAAGUCUCCCCAUCACUAUUGAGGAUGUGAAUGACAAUGCACCCUAUUUUAUACCUGAUAACAGGACUUUUGUGAUCAUUCCGGAACUUGUGAUACCCAACCAGCAGGUGGCUUCUGUCCAGGCCAGAGACGACGACUCAGAGGACAAUGGGCGUAUCCAAUUCUCCAUCCUCCAAGUGGACUUCCUUUCUAAUGAUGGGACCAUCACCCCCUUCCAGGACUUCUUCUGGAUCUCCACCUCCUCAGAGGCCAACUUGUUCACAGGCAGCAUUGAGCUGGUGACCAACCUUGAUCCUACUCUCCAAGGCACCUACCAAGUAACUGUCCAGGCUCAGGACAGACCUUCCACAGGUGCUGCCCACGCAGCUAAAAUGACCUUAAAUCUCUUCACUGUGGACCAGAGCUACCGCGUGAGGCUCCAGUUCUCCACUCCAAAGGAACAGGUGGGACUCCACCUGGACGACAUUAAAGCGUCUCUGGCCCAGGCAACCAUGACCAGUGUCUACAUUGUGAACAUUCAGGACAUAGACUCUGCAACGCGGGCCCGGGGCCGCUCCUACCUCGAUGCCUACUUUGUCUUCCCAAAUGGCACUGCCUUGACCCUUAAUGAGCUGAGUGUGAUGAUCCGGAGAGACCAGGACUCGCUGACACAGCUGCUCCAGCUGGGCCUGGUGGUGCUGGGCUCCCAGGAGACCCAGGAGUCAGACCUGCCAAAGACGCUUGUCAGCGUCAUCGUGGGCCUGGGGCUGGCCUUGGUGCUGGCCUUUGUGGUCAUGACCGUGGCCAUCGUGUGCCUCCAGAAGAGCUACCGGCGGAAGCUCUGGGCUAUGAAGGCUGCUAAGGAGGCCCGGAACACAGCGGCGGGGGCAGUGCCCUUAGGGCCCACCAUCCCCGGAACGAAUAUGUAUAACACUGAGCGGGCCAACCCCAUGCUGAACCUCUCCACCAAGGACCUGGGCUUUGAGUCCCUCUCUUCUUCUAGCGACUACGACCAUGUCAGUCUCAACUCCCUGGAUGACAACAUUGUGGACCUGGACCAGGACAGGGCGAACAUCAAGGAGCCACUGCACAGUGCAAAGGAAGCAGCUGAAGAGCCCCUGAGCCUGGUGCUGUCAGGAAGGCAGGCGGGUACUGGUGACCAGCAGCAGACAUUGACCUUCACCAACGCUGCCCUGGAUACCACAGACCUGUGA